AUGGAGAUAGUAGAUUGGGGAAAUUUAGAAGCACUUCCAUUGAGUUUGAUUUUCGACAAAUUGGUAGAAAGUAUAGAUCACAUUUAUUUCAGUUUGGUGUGCAAGAAUUGGUAUUCUACUGCAAAGUUUAAUCAUCAAAAUCGUCAAAUUAAAAACAAUGUAUUGCCAAUGUUAAUGAUUCCAACAAGGAGCAAAUGUAGAACAAAGAGAUGUUUAUAUGGUAUCUCAUCAAAAACAGUUUAUCCCUUUCAAUUACAUGUUCCUUAUAACAAGAGGCUCUGUGGUUCAAGUCAUGGUUGGAUAGCAAGGUUAGAUUGUAUUUCUAAACUUAAUGUUAUAACCCUACUAAAUCCAUUCAAAAAGCUAGUUUCCAUCCCUCUACCACCCAUUGAUAUGCCAUAUGAAUAUAUGAACAUUAUAAGCUAUGAAUGUAAUGUUCAUAAAGUUGUUUUAUCUUCCAAUCCUACAUUUACGCCCCAUGAUUAUAUUGUUGUGGCAAUUUAUACUUCACGUAAUUGCCUUGCUUUUAUAAAAGCCGGACAAAAGGUAUGGACUUACAUUGACCACGACUAUUUUUGCUUCAGCGAUGUUAUAUUUUAUAAAGGACUAGUUUAUGCUGUGGGACGAUGGAAUCAAAUAGUCUCUUUUGAUGUUUGUAACUCAAAGGGUUCUUUAAAAUGCGAGUAUGUUAUUCCCAAUGUUGUUUCAUCGUGGGGGGAUAAUUAUGCUCAUCGCUCAUAUCUUGUGGAAUCAUUGGAGGGAGACUUGUGGCUGGUAAGAAAAUUUAUUAGUUAUCCUGAAGAUGACAACUUACCUAGUAGUGGUGCAAAAAAGUUUGAAGUGUAUAAGUUGGAAUUGGAUUUUCAAAGUGCUAAACUCAUACAAAUGUUAAAACUUGAUACUUUAGGAGAUAAUGUUUUAUUUGUGGGGGAUAGUGAAUCUAUAUCUUUGUCGGCUUCUUAUUUUGCUAAUUAUCUACAAAAAGAUUCAAUUUACUACACAGAUGAUUUUUACGAUGAUACACCACGUCCUUACCCUGCUGGACCAUUAGAUAUGAAAAUCUACAAUGUAAGAGAUGGAAGUUUUAGUCAACAUUGCCCUUACAAACCUUGGUUCAGACGGACGCCGCCUGCAUUGUGGGUUUUUCCACCGUUUCAGAGAGAUUGA